AUGUCCGCGGUCAAGCAGAGCGAUGGCCUGUUGCAGCCAGGACCAUCAUCGCCACUCUCUGCCACCGACGCUUCCGGCUCAUCAUCAUCCACAUCAACGACAACACGGUCUAUCGCAUCACGAGUCCGCUCCGUCCUUCUACAAGGUCCGCAAGAUGCACAGGAUAUUCGAAAAGCACUCAAUACUCUGGCGGAGAUGUAUCCUGCUCCUCCGACCUCCGCAUCCACCAUCUCUACUAGCAAACUCGACGCUAAGAAGAGAGGCAACAAGUCAACCGCCACAUCCGACGCCGACCCUCUGAGCCUCGUCGACACGGCACGAGCGAGACGCGACCUAGACAAAGACAUUCGCCAGCGCCAGCUGGCUGCUACUGAUCACAUCCUCGCCGUCCUACAGACCGUCGAUCAUGGCCUUGUUCGACUUUCUCAAGAUGUGGCAGCCAUGCACUUCUCCUGCGAUGCGGUCCAAGACAAGCUCUGUGCAGCUGAACAAUCCAGUCGAUACCUCGUAGAGCAUGCAGAAGGUCUUGAACGACAACGAGCCGCUGCGCUCAUCCAAGUCCAAGUCGCGAAGCUGUUUCUGGAUCGCUUUACGCUGUCUGAAGCAGAACGAGCGUCUAUCUACUCUCGCCAAGUUCGUGUAGGCAAUCACCUCUUCGCAGCCAUGGACAAGCUUCAGCGCAUUCGGAGCGAAUGUCAGAUCCUUCUGCAAGGCUCUGAGUCUCUCCCCUCUUCCAGCAACCCAACCUCAAGCUCCUCAUCCGCAGCAGCUGCAACGGCAGGCGGCGGCACAAGAGCAGGAAUGGACAUCAUGUCUUCCACUUCUGCCGACCUUGAACAGGCCUACCAAAAGCUGUACAGAUGGUGCAGCUUCGAAUUCAGACAACCCGUCAAGGAGGGCCUCGAAGUUUCACCCAGCUUACGCCAAGCUACACGGCGACUCAAGACAUCACGCCAAGACCUGCUUCGAUCGGCACUUACAACGCUGGUCCAAACACGCAGUUCUAUCCUUGCAAACGCGUUCAUGGCUGCACUUACCAUAGGUGCCGGUCCACCCACCUACCUUCCCGGACCAAUCGAGUUGCAUGCACACGACCCGAUACGAUAUGUUGGUGAUAUGCUAGCAUGGAUCCACCAAACAGUAGCAUCCGAGCGCGAGUUCCUCACAGCUCUCUUUGACGAGAAGGAAGGCGAGGGCGGUCGAAGAAUUGGUCAACGACGUCGUGGACUUGAAGGCUCGCUUGAUCUCACCCGAUCUGAUCCAAACUCAUUCAUGCUCGGCCCUGGAGAAGCACUUGUCCGAGAAGUACUCAACUCAAAUCUCGACGGUUGCUGUCGCCCACUCAAACUUCGCAUCCAACAGACACUCGGCUCGCAGGAAGGCAGCGUCACCUCCUACCGACUUGCACAUUUGGUCCAAUUCUACCGCUCAACAAUGGAAAAAACUAUCGGCUCACGUGCUGCACUCAGCAAAACCCUUGACGAGCUAUCGGAUCUAGCAGUGGCAGCGUUCGCAGAAACAGUCGAAAGACAAAGCAAAGGCAUCCAACGGUACGAUGGGUCACCAGAGCAAGAUCUUAGCUUGCCUCCGCCAUUAGUUGGCACCCUGGCAACUCUGAAGGAGUUGCUCAGCGAGUUCUCAAGGUCUCUUGCUGAAGAUCCCGCUUCCCAAACUUCGGAAGGAGCACAAGCACCAAAAACAGAAGACAUCAAGCCGUCACUCGGGAAUUUCGAUUUUGUUCUGACAAAACUCGUCGACCCACUAAGAGAUCUGAUUCAGCGCAUGGCAUCCUUCCAUAUCUCAAAACGGCCUCGUUCUAAAGCGGAGCCUACAGCCAAAUGGGAAUCGCUCCUGUUUACUGCCAACUGCCUCGACUCUCUGGUCUCGACUCUAUCGCCUCACAGCUUCGCGGGGUGGAAAGUAAGUCAGCUGCGAUCUACCCUCGAAAGUUGCCUGCUCGAGACCAGUGAUAUGCACUCUUCCAAUCUCGUUGCCAAGUCUGGUCUCUCAUCGGUCAUUGCAGCGCUAGAGACCAAGGGAGAGGCAGGUGAAGCCGAGAUCAAAGGGGCGCUCAACAAGUUCCAAGAUGUCUUGGCGCAAGAAGAUCUCCUGACAGCCAAAGAGCUGGAUCGAUUGACAAGCCCAGGCGCCAGACAGAGGGUGCAUAGAGCAGCGUUGCAGAACUUGACCCGGUCUUAUGCUCUGAUUGCUCAAAAAAUGCAAGGGCAGGAGGGAUUGAUCAGACGUUCGCCGGAGCAAGUGUCUAUCCUGCUCGGCCUCUGA